AUGGAGGCCAAACACAGCCCCCGGGCACUCAUCCUGCCCUGCCUCUGCCUCCCAUCUGCCCACCCCGGGCAGGGCUGGGUGCUGGCCGGUGCCCAGCGCUGUUUGCCUUCAGCAGAGGCUGUCCCAGCCCGGGCCUGGGGACGGCUGCAACUCCGGGAAUUUUUUUCUCGAGCAGGAAGCUGAAGCAUUUCCUCCUCCAGCCGCAGCUGAUUCUCGCAGAGCGAGUUUUGCAAUCCCAUAGGUUUCUGUUCUCGCAGCGGGGAGGUGCCUCCCUCCACCUUGCAGCUCUGUUUGCUUGUGUGUUGUGUGUGCUUUUUGUGUGUUUUUUUUUUUUUUUUCUUUUUGCAUCUGUCAGUGUUUUGCCGCUGGCCCCGACAGGUCCCAGCGGCCGGGUGGUUUUGGGCAGAGCCAACAGGCGUCCUCCCUGCCUCUCAUGCGCAGCCCUUGGCGCAGAGCGGCGCCGGCGAGCGGCGGUGCAGGCGAUGCAGAGCACCCCCAACUACCUCUGGAGCACGGACGAUCUUCUGGGCCAGGGCGCCACAGCCUCCGUCUACAAAGCUCGCAACAAGAAAUCAGGGGAGCUGGUCGCUGUGAAGGUCUUCAACAAUGCCAGCUACCUCCGCCCGCAGGAGGUGCAGAUGAGGGAGUUCGAGAUGCUGAGGAAGCUGAACCAUAAAAACAUCGUCAGGUUAUUUGCCGUGGAGGAGACGGGCAGCAGCAAGCAGAAGGUGCUGGUGAUGGAGUACUGCUCGAGCGGCAGCUUGCUCAACGUCCUCGAGGACCCAGCGAACGCCUUCGGCUUGGCCGAGCCCGAGUUCCUCAUCGUGCUGCAGUGCGUGGUGGCGGGGAUGAACCACCUGCGCGAGAACGGCGUGGUGCACAGGGACAUCAAACCCGGCAACAUCAUGCGGCUGGUGGGCGAGGACGGGCAGAGCAUCUACAAGCUGACGGAUUUUGGGGCUGCCCGAGAGCUGGAAGACGACGAAAAGUUUGUGUCUGUCUACGGGACAGAGGAGUAUCUCCACCCGGACAUGUACGAGCGAGCCGUCCUGCGCAAGCCGCAGCAGAAGGCCUACGGCGUCACCGUCGACCUGUGGAGCAUCGGCGUCACCUUCUACCACGCUGCCACCGGCAGCCUGCCCUUCGUCCCCUUCGGGGGACCCCGCAGGAACAAGGAGACCAUGUACAAAAUCACCACCGAGAAGCCCCCCGGGGCCAUCGCGGGCGUGCAGAGGCAGGAGAACGGGAGCAUUGAGUGGAGCUACGAGCUGCCUGUCACCUGCCAGCUCUCGGCGGGGCUGAAGGACCAGCUCAUACCCAUCCUGGCCAAUAUCCUGGAGGCGGAUCAGGAGAAGUGCUGGGGGUUCGAUCAGUUUUUUGCAGAAACCAACGACAUUCUGCACAGGAUCGUGGUCGACGUCUUCUCCCUGCAGCAGGCUUCCUCGCAUCGCAUCUACAUCCACCCCUACAACACUACCAGCAAGUUUUUAGACGCUGUCUUCAAACAAACGAGCAUAGCUCCCCACCAUCAAGAAUAUUUUUAUGAAGGUCACCCCUACGAGCUGGAUCCCAACCUGCAGGCCCACAGCUUCUGCAGAACCGCGCGGCACAGCCCGCUGACCCUGCUGAGCUCCGCCGAGCAGCCAGAAGAGGUGGUGGGAGUGAGAUACAGAGACCCGGCGCUCGACUUCCCAAAGUUUGUCCCCAAGGUGGACGUCGUGGCUGACUGCAGCACCGCCAAGAGCGCGGUGGGCGCCGUGCACCAGACGCUGCGGAUCGCCCAGGCGCUGCGGCGCUGCCAGGAGCUGGUGGCCAGGGGCCUGCACUGGGUGAUUGGGAACCUGAAAUCGGAGUGCUCGAGGGUUUUGGAGCAGAGGAGAGGGGUGAACACGGUGCUCACCAGCCUGCAGCUGCUGGAGGUGAAGACCCGCGGGCUGUACGAGGCUCUUCCCGGAGGCAGCGGGCUGCCGGCUCUGAAGGACUUGGCGGUGGUGAAGAGCCGGCUGCAGAGGGUCGUGGAGGAGCUUUCCCAGUGCUCCCACAGCAUCUACGACUUCCAGGGGGCACUGGAUGGCAUUUUGUCCGAGCUGGUGCAGCACAGGCAACAAGCGCACGAAGACAAAAGCAUCCAGCAGCUCGAGUGCUGCCUGGAGAAGAUGCAGCUCAUACACAAGCAGUUCAGGAAGGCCAGGAAUUGUCCGCGGCUGGGCUACAACGAGGAGCAGAUUCACAAGCUGGACAAGGUGAAUUUGGGGCAUUUGGCCAGGAAGGUUCUGCUGAUUUUCCAGGACGAGUGCGUGCGGCAGUACCAGGACGUCCUGGCCCUGCACGGCAGCAGGAUGAGGAAGGUGUGUGAGACAAAAAAGCAUCUGAAGAGGCUCAGCAACCGCAUCGGCACCUGCGGCGUGGAGGCGAUGGAGUGCCAGGAGUGCCUGCAGCACGCGCUGGACACCUUUCCCCAGAUGGCCUUGACGGAGAAACGGAGCCCGGCCCUGGUCCCCCCGGUGCCUUCCCCUGUCCCCCUGAGCCAGGCCCGCCGGGAGAUGGCUUUCCAGAUGCAGGAGCUGCUGGAGCAGAUGAAGUCAGUGACGUGCAACCUCCAGUUCAACAACAGCAUCAUCGAGCGGCUGAGCGGGGCUGCCCCCACUCCCGGCCUCUGAGGACGCGGCGGAUUUGUAGGUGCUGAAGCAAAGCGCUGCUGGCAGCGGGGAGCACACACACACCGCGGGUCCAGCGCUGCACACGAGUCGGGUGCCCGUGUCUGAGGAGCUGCCCCCGGUCCUACCUCUCCGCUCCGGCACUUUGCACGGUUCUCCAGUGAAAACUUGAUGGGAAGUUGGCGCAGAGCGAGGGUUUUUCCUUUUGACAAGUGCUUGAAGGACUGCCACGGUUCUCUAGCUUCUCUGAACCACGAUGUCGGGUGAUAAAGAGGCUAGAAAUGAUCUCCUGCCCGUUUAGGGAUUACCACCCCUGUGAACAUUCCUGUGCUCACUGGUGCCCCGCGGGCUGGGGCAGAGCCCAGGGCAGGGGGAUGCUGCACCCCAUGGAGGAGACGCCGGGUCUGGCCCAGGACGGCUCCAGCGCUGCCCGUGGGGGGCUCGGGGCACAGCAGCCGUCCCUGCCCCCCCUCCUCCUGCCUCCACUCCCAGCCUUGUCCCCAGCUCGGCCCCGUCCCGGGCUGCGGAUGGCAGCAGGCGCAGGAAGCCGGGGGAGGUUUCUCUGUUUUGGUGCCUUUCUAUAAAUGUCACUGAGCUCAGUGUUCAUGGA